AUGCUUGAGGGACUCGUUGCCGGCCUGCUUAACCGCUUCUUGGGCAUGUACGUCAAGAACUUCGACCCAACACAGCUCAAGGUCGGAAUCUGGUCAGGAGACGUCAAGCUACGCGAUCUCGAGCUGCGUAAAGAAGCGCUCGACCAGCUCAACCUCCCCAUCAACGUUGUCGAAGGCCACCUCAGCGAGCUCACCUUGGUCAUCCCCUGGUCCAAUCUCCGCGGCGCCCCUGUUCAGAUCCUGAUCGAGAAUGUCUUCCUGCUGGCGAGUCCUAAGGAGGAGGCGCAAUAUGACGAAGACGAGGAGGAGCGCCGGAAGCAGAGGAUCAAGAUGGAGAAGCUCGAUUCUGCCGAGCUGUUGAAGGAGCGAUCACAAGAGGGCCUGACGCAGGAGGAGCAAAAGAAGAGUCAGAGCUUCACCGAUAGCCUGGUUACCAAGAUUGUCGACAAUCUGCAGGUAACGGUCAAGAACAUCCACGUGCGAUACGAGGACUCAAUAUCGGCACCGGGGCACCCCUUUGCACUGGGUGUGACACUAGAAGAAUUUAGUGCAGUCAGCACCGACGGGAACUGGAAGCCAAUGUUUAUCCAGGAUACCUCGAAAACCACCCACAAACUAGCCACACUUGGCGCUCUGUCGGUAUACUGGAAUACUGAUACCAAGCUUUACGGUUCAGGCCGCGAGGCCAGCUCUUCAGAUGAACCACCGAUGGAACACGCGGAGAUGAUCAAGACCUUCAAGGCUAUGAUCGGUAAAACUGAUGCGAAUGUGGGAGUCGACCACCAGUUCAUCUUGAAGCCUGUUAGUGGGCAAGCCAAGAUCGAAUUAGACAAGUCAGGAGAUGCGCACACGCCGAAGUGGAAGGCGAAUCUGCUCUUUGACGAGAUUGGAGUUGUCCUUGACGAUGACCAAUACAGAGACUCGUUGAUGAUGGUUGACCUUUUCCACUACUUCAUCCGCCAUCAGGAGUAUAAGAAGUACCAGCCGAAGGGUGUCAGGCCCAAGGAAGAUCCACGGGCAUGGCUCAAGUUUGCAGGUGAUGCGGUUCUUAGCAAGAUCCAUGAGCGCAAUAGACGGUGGUCCUGGGAUUAUUUCAAGGAGCGCCGUGAUGACCGUCUGCGAUACAUCGAGCUUUUCAAGAAGAAGAAGCAAAGUCAACAGCUCUCACAGCAAGAGAACGACGACCUCAACAAGCUCGAGUGGAAGCUUGGUUAUGAAGACUUACGGUUCUGGAGAUCACUGGCUCGCAACCAGUUGAAGAAGGAAAAUGCCGCUGCCCUAAGGAACCAACCGGCCAAGCAAGAACAACCGCAAGGUUGGGUCGCGUGGAUGUGGGGCUCGAAGCCCCCGGAACAGACAACUUCCGACGACGAGAACACACAGAUGACGGAGGAGCAGCGGCAGGAGCUGUACGAGGCAAUCGACUGGGAUGAGAAGACUGCUCUGGCUGAUGCCGUCGAUGUACCCCGGGACAGUGUGAAGUUCCAGGUCGAGGCUUCGCUCAGCACCGGAAGCUUCACGCUGCGGCAAAGUCCACAUAAGAACCCCAAGGAUCUGCUCAGCUUGCACUUUGAUGUUUUUAAGGCUAAGGCCCUCGCCCGUCCGGACUCCUUCCUCACCGAUGUCAGCCUAGGCGGCCUCCGCGUUAACGACGGCACCACGCCAGACAGCUUGUACCCGGAGAUUGUGCGAGUCAAGGAUGCGCCAGACCGUAAGAAGCAGAAGCGGCUCUCGAUGGUCGAGCUGGAGAAGUCAACCGAGGAGGCGUUCUUCCAUCUGGAGCUGGAACAAAACCCUCUCGACGGCCAGGGCGACUUCGCUGUGAAGGCCAAGUUGAAACCCCUGGAGAUUGUCUGGAAUCCAAACAUCGUCGUCGGAGUCGUCGGCUUUUUCCGACCUCCAGAGCGCCACAUGGAGUCAAUCACCGCCCUCAUGGAGACGGCGGGUGCUACAGUCGAAGAGUUGAGGCAGCAGACAAGAGCCGGCCUGGAGUUCGCCCUCGAGGAGCACAAGACCAUCAAUGCCAUGUUGGACCUGCAAGCACCCCUGAUCAUAGUACCGCAGAGCAUCACGACGCGCAGAUCUACUUGCAUGAUCCUUGAUGCUGGUCACAUCAGUGUCAACUCUGAAUUGGUAGAUAGAGAUACCAUGAAAGAUGUGCAGUCGAAACACAACUCGGCGUACACUGACGAAGAUCAUAAGCGUCUGGAGUCACUUAUGUACGACAAGUUUAUCGUCAAGCUCACAUCCACUCAACUGCUGAUCGGGCCAUCGAUCGACGAAGCCAAGUCACAACUGACUACCAAGAGUGAGAACUCAACGAUGCACGUUGUCGAACAGAUCAAUAUCGACUUCCUUGUCCAACUUUCCAUCUUACCGAAAGCCCCGAAUCUGACGAAACUCCGUGUAUCCGGUCACCUUCCUCUUUUACACGUAACGGCCUCCGACACCAAAUACAAGAGCCUCAUGAAACUCAUCGACGUGGCACUACCCAAGUUUGGUAACGACUCUGCACCAGAGCCGCAGCACUCUAACCGACCACGACUUCAAAGCAAUGUGUCCACGCGUUCCAGUCGUUCUCAACAGCAGAGUCCCAAAGUCAAGCGCAGACGGUCCUCUCAACUUCUGCCCUUUACCGCCACAAAAGAGCAGGCGAUCGUCCUAGAUGACAUCGAUGAAGAUGAAGAGGCUUUUGAAGACGCCACUGAUGAUCAGCCGAGUGUACAGCUCAAGCUGAAGCAGAAGACCUUCGAGCUGAAGUUCACAGUGGACGAGUUGCGCGGUUCUCUGUACAAGAGCGAUCCUGAUGGGAAGAAUCCGGACGCACUCCUCGUGGAGCUCGUCGCGCAGAGCUUCGAAGUGAAUUACUACAUGAGACCGUUCGACAUGGUCGCCAACGUGUCUCUGGGCUCGGUUACCGUCGACGACUUCGUCGAUCAGCCGCCAGCAGAGUUCAAAUCGAUCGUUUCAUCGGGUGAUGUCGAGGACAAGAAAGCACACCGUGCAUUAGUCAAGGUCAACGUUGUACGCGUGAAGCGAGAGUCGCCAGAGUUCAUGUCAGUCUACGAGGGAGUCGAGACUAACGUCAAUGUUGCUAUUACGACCAUCAACCUCAUCGUAACACGCAAAACAUUACUUACUUUGCUCGACUUCAUCCUUGUCACUUUCACUAAUCCUGGGAAUAACAAUCAGCAGCAGCAAAAAGCUAUCACGGAUGAUGGGUCCGAGGUUGAUAUCGCUGUUGAACCACCAGAACCUGCUCCAGAAGCCGCCGCUGCUGCUAUUAGAGUCAGGGUCGACCUGAAGAGUAUUCAGCUCGUUCUCAAUAACGAUGGCAUACGGCUGGCUACGCUUUCGUUCAACCAUGCAGAAGUCGGCGUUUUUAUUCUCGGCACCACCAUGCGCGUCAACACCAAGCUUGGUGAUCUAAGUCUUGUCGACGAUGUCAACCUUGGUGUAUCCGCAGACUCCCCAAUCCGGAAGCUCAUCACGAUCCAAGGGGACGACCUUGCCGACUUCAGGUACGAAACAUUUGACUCUAAGAACGAGAAAUCGUAUCCUGGCUACGACUCGUCCAUUUACCUGCGGGCUGGCUCUGUCAAGGUCAAUUUCCUGGAGGAGCCUUUCCGCAAGAUUGUGGAGUUCAUGGUGAAGUUUGGCAAGAUGCAGGCCAUCUACAACGCUGCUCGUCAGGCUGCUGCCAACCAGGCGCAACAAUUGCAGCAAAGCAGUAGCCGCAUCAAACUCGACGUCAUAAUUAACACGCCCAUCGUUGUGUUCCCCAGCGUCGUAACGCACGGCCAGCCCAAGCGAGAUCUCAUCACCGCCUAUCUUGGAGAGAUCUAUGCCCAGAACCAGUUUGCCCCACUCGAUGAUUCAGAGGGUUCAGAAAUCGCAAAUAAGAUGUCCACUGGGAUUCGCAAUGUCAGGCUCACCAGUCUGUUCCACUACGCCGACGACAAAUCUGAGGAGCUGGAAAUGAUUGACCAUGCCGACAUGGGAUUCAGCAUCAUCUAUGCUGAACACAAGAAGGGUGCAAAGCGACCGGAACUUGAGAUUGAGGGCAACCUGACACAGUUCAAUUUGAAGCUCACUCAGUACCAGAUGAAGGCCUUGCUUGCGAUCUCGAAAUCUGUUCCUGCAGCAUUCUCUAGUGACGCGGAUGCUCAAGCCGAACAAGCUGAGCAGGACGUUGACUACGGCACUCUACAGCGUGCUCGAACCCUGCCGAGGUCACAGGAAUCAAGUCAAGAUGAAAGCAUUGACAUGAAGCCGGAGCUUGGAAGCAACAAUGAUACAUGGACAAAGCUCGACCUUGUCUUCCGCGUGCCCACAGUUGGUCUAGAACUCAUCAAUGCCCCUGAAGGCCGACCUGUCGGAAAGCUGGAGACGGCCAGCUUGGGCAGGUUCAGUCUGGAUGAUAGUAGGCUUAAAACCCGGAUGCAGGCCAACGGAAGCCUUGAGGCCGAGUUUGUCAUCCAGAGCUUUACGAUCCAUGACUCUCGUCCUCGUGAGACGAACAAGUUCCGUCGAAUCAUGACGAGUGGGAAUAAGAGCGUCCAACAAUUCAUGGCCAGUGUGACAAUAUCGGGCGGCAAGGAGCGCAGUCUCAUCGCCAUGGCUGCGAUCGAUUCUCCCAGGAUCAUCUUUGCUCUGGAUUAUCUCUUCGCUCUUCAGAGCUUCAUCAUGACUGGCCUACAGGUCGAUGAUUCUAGCCCCAUGGACGAAGAGGAAUUGGAGACACCUGAAGAGAGUGACGCGGACAGUAUGCAAGUCAGCAUUGCUCGACGUGAAUCCAGCAUCCAGUCGCCGAGGACAUCGGUCAGCACAAGGUCGCCAGUUAAGACAGAUCAAAAAGAGGAGCAAGAGUCCAAGAUGAGCAUUGCUUUCCGCGUCAAUAUCGUCGACGCACAGGUCAUCCUCAUCGCAAAUCCACUCAGCGCAAGCAGCGAAGCAAUUGUCUUGGGCACUAAGCAGGUGCUCCUGUCGCAACAGCAUGCGUUGACUUUCCAGGUCUCUGAAGUUGGAAUGUUCUUAUGUCGCAUGGAUCGCUUCGAAGAUUCGAGACUGCGGAUCCUCGACGAUUUCUCUAUCCAGAUGUCUAUGGAUAGCUCGAAGCCAGAGUUGACAAAUCUGCACAUCGACAUUGAACCGCUCAUUCUCCGUCUUUCGCUUAGAGACAUCCUGAUCGCCCUUCAGAUUAUUAGCAAGGCAUCAGAGCUCUCAGGCGACGACAAGACUCAGGAAAAGCCUAGCGCUGGUGAUCAGAAGGCGAAGGAGCUUAGAAACGCGGGAAUGAAGCAGCGGACAGCGAGCGGCAGAGGGGGCACGACUGCCGCCCAGAAAUCGAAGUCGGCCAAGCACACCACCGCCGUAAGUGCACGUUCAACUGCUCCGAGCACCAGAGCCACAGGCCAACCUCACGACAUUGCCAAGAAACCACGAAAGCGGGAGGAGCUCACAGCUACUAUCGAUGGCAUACGCGUGGUCUUGAUUGGCGACUUGCAUGAAUUGCCCAUCCUGGACCUUAGCAUCAAGAACUUCAGCGCGACUGCCGAAGACUGGUCGUCAAGUCUGAAGGCCGAGGUACCGAUCGAGAUGUAUAUUAAUGUUUACAACUUCUCCAAAUCUGCCUGGGAGCCUCUUCUCGAGCCAUGGGCAGUCGGCCUCGGUGUUGCAAGGGAGCAAGGCACAGGGCUACUUUCCGUUGAUGUGGCGUCUCGGAAGACAUUCGACGUCACGAUCACCACCAACACGAUUGCCCUUGCAUCGAAGUCCUUUGCCUUCCUUACUCAGGAUGAGGACGUCCUCGGCAAGCCGAGAGGCACGGAGUCGCCGUACCGAAUCCGAAACUACACAGGAUUUGAGGUCGUUGUGCGCAGCAAGAACCCCACCAGCGAGGAGGAUAUCAACGUACGCCUCGAGGACGGGCAAGAGGCACCGUGGAGCUUUGAGCACUGGGAGAAAAUGCGUGAAAAUAUGCUAACCGAUAGCAUGGCGAGCACGGCUGUCGCAGUUCAGCUCGAGGGUAGUGGCUUUGAUGUCCUCAAGAACAUCCGCCUCAAUCGUGAGGGCGAGUUCAUCUACUCGCUCAAGCCAAAGAGAGACAACGUUUCUCACCGCCUCAUGGUCGAUGUGAAGCUUGGCGCUGACAAUGUCAAAUACGUCACGCUCCGCAGCCCUCUGAUCGUCGAGAACGCGACUCAGAUCCCAGUCGAACUUGGUGUAUAUGAUGCCCAAGAAGGCGACCUGCUCAAGAUCGAGAAAAUCGCGCCCGGUGAGGCACGCCCUGCCCCUGUCGGUGCUGUAUACCUGAAGAGCUUGCUUGUCCGACCUGACAGCGGCUUCGGAUACGCCUGGUCGAGUGAGACGCUGUGGUGGAGGGAUCUGCUGAAGCGGCCGACUCGGACCAUGGUUUGCAAGGGAGAGCAUGGCGAGCCGUUCUACUUCCAGAUGAACGCGACCUUUGAUCGUUCGAACCCCAUGACAAAGACCUAUCCCAACAUGAAGCUCAAGCUCUCAGCCCCCGUGACGCUCGAAAACCUUCUGCCAUACGACUUCAAGUACAGAAUCUACGAUAAGAACACGAAGAAAGACUGGUCGAACUUCCUGCGAAAGGGAGGAGUCAGCCCCGUCCACGUUACGGAGCUUUCGCGUCUCUUGUUGCUCAGUGUCGACAUGCAGGAUACGGUUUUCAAGGCAAGCGAGUUUGCUAUUAUCAAUUCUGGCAGCUCUGAAGACUUCAAGAAAGAGCAUACUCUCAAAUGUCAAGACGACCAAGGACUGCAGCUCAAUCUGAAGUUGCACUAUCACCGUAUCCCUGAUAGUGGUGGUGCCUUCAAGGUGACGGUGUACAGCCCGUAUGUCAUCUUGAACAAGACAGGUCUUGACAUUCAGAUCCGCCACAAGGGCUUCUUGCAGCAAGCCAAGGCCGCGGCCGGCCAACCAGGGCUGCUUGUCGAUGUGACAGAGGGUGAGCGCAAGGUUUCGCCUCUGAUGUUCUCGUACGGCAGCGAUGACCACCGCAACAGAGCCAUGCUCAAGGUUGGUGACUCGGAAUGGAGCAAGCCGCAGAGUUUCGACGCCAUUGGAAGUGCCGCGGACGUCGUGCUGCCAUCAGCGAGCCGUAACUCGGAGAUCCACGUUGGCAUCAUCGUCGAAUCAGGCGAAGGCAAGUACAAAAUGACGAAGGUUGUCACCCUGGCGCCGAGAUUCAUUGUCCAGAAUAAGAUGGGCGAAGAAAUCAACAUCAGGGAGCCAAGUUCAUCCGAUCUCAUGACCAUUAAGGCUGGCCAGUUGAGGCCUCUGCACUUCCUGAACAAGAGCGCCGUGAAGCAGCUGUGCCUAUGCCAUCCUGGGGUUGACAACCAAUGGACGUCACCUUUCAACAUCUCCGACCUCGGCACUUCUCACAUCAAGAUCGCCAAAGCUGGUCAACGCCAACGACUGAUUCGCGUGGAGAUCCUGAUGGAGGAUGCAACCAUUUUCCUUAAAAUGAGCUUGGAGACCAAGCAGUGGCCAUUCUCAGUGCGCAACGAGAGUGACACCGAGUUUACUUUCUACCAAGCCAACCCCAACAUCGAUGACGAUGGGGUCGAAGACCGCUCGGGUUGGCGCCCGAUUCGAUACCGACUGCCACCAAGAAGCAUCAUGCCCUACGCCUGGGACUUCCCAGCAGCCAAGCAUCGCGAGAUCGUCAUUUCUGCGUACAACAAGGAGCGGCAUGUCAAGUUGGCUGAAAUUGGCAAUCUCGUCCCGAUGAGGUUCAACACGAGCGCGGGCGGCCAAAAGAUUAUUGACAUCAAUGUCGCCGCCGAUGGACCAACGCAGACCCUGAUCCUGUCGAACUUCAAGCAGUCGAAGAGUCUCUAUCGCCAGAAGUCCAUGUCAGGCUCCACUGGUAACCUUAGCACGUCCGGUUUCGAGGCGAAGGACCAGGACACUGGCACCAAGUUCCGGGCGCAGCUCAAACUUGCCGGCAUCGGUGUGUCGCUGAUCAACUCUCAACUCCGGGAGCUUGCCUACGUCACGUUCCGAGACCUCACCCUUCGGUACAGCGAGUCGCCACUGUUGCAGACUGUCAGUCUGGCCAUCAAGUGGAUUCAAAUCGACAAUCAGCUCUACGGUGGGAUUUUCCCAAUGAUCCUCUACCCCAGUGUCGUGCCCAAGAAGGCCCAAGAGACAGAUGCUCAUCCAUCGUUGCACGCUAUGGUGACUCGGGUCAAGGACGACUCGUAUGGUGUCUUGUACAUCAAGUAUGCGACAGUGUUGCUUCAGCAGAUGACCGUUGAUCUGGACGAGGACUUCAUUUUUGCCAUGCUUGACUUCUCCAAGGUUCCCGGUGCCACGUGGACCGAGGCCGAGGAGGAGGGCAGGCUCUGCGAUGACAAUCUCGACAUACCUGAGCCUAGUCAACAGCAAGCUGGCCAAGACAUCUACUUCGAGCUUCUCAACAUCCAACCGAUGCAAAUUGAUCUGUCGUUCGUGCGAACAGAGCGUAUCAAUGCCGAAGACAAGACGUCGUCUCGCAACCCGCUCAUGUUCUUCUUCAAUAUCAUGACAAUGGCAAUGGGCAAUGUGAAUGAUGCCCCUCUUCGGAUGAACGCACUCAUGUUGGACAAUGUGCGGGUCUCGACUCCAAUCCUGAUUCAGAACAUUUCGAACCACUACAGUCAGGAGGCCCUCUACCAAGUGCACAAGAUCCUUGGAUCCGCGGAUUUCCUUGGCAACCCUGUUGGUUUAUUCAACAACAUUAGCUCGGGUAUCGCAGAUGUCUUCUACGAACCAUAUCAGGGACUUAUCAUGUCCGAUCGGCCUGAAGAUCUCGGCUUGGGUGUGGCUCGUGGAGCAGCUUCCUUCCUGAAGAAGUCCGUCUUUGGUGUCACAGAUUCGUUCUCGAAGUUCACCGGUGCUAUGAGCAAGGGCCUUGCUGCGGCAACACUGGACAAGCAAUUCCAGGAUCGAAGGCGAAUCACGCGAGCCAGAAACAGGCCGAAGCAUGCUCUGUACGGCUUCACGACUGGGGCUAACAGCUUCAUCACGUCGGUGGCGUCAGGAGUCGGCGGUGUGGUCCGCAAACCUCUUGAGGGUGCAGAGCAGGAGGGUGCGCUUGGCUUCUUCAAGGGCGUGGGCAAGGGCGUGCUCGGGCUGGGAACCAAGCCCCUCAUCGGUGUGCUGGACGCGGCGUCCAACGCAGCCGAGGGUAUCCGCAACACCACAACGGUGUUCGACGGGUCAGAGCUCGACCGCGUGCGGCUGACGCGCUUCAUCCCGACCGACGGCAUCGUGCGGCCGUACAAUCAACGAGAGGCGCUGGGUCAGUUCUGGCUCAAGCAGGUCGACAAUGGCAAGUACUUUGACGAGAACUACAUCGCGCACCUGGAGCUCCCCCGCGAGGACAUGGUGGUCAUGAUCACGUACGCGCGCAUCCUGCUGAUCAGGAGCCGGCGGCUGGCGACCGAAUGGGACGUCCCGCUCAAGGACGUGCAGACCAUUGCCAAGGAGCGCACGGGACUCAGCCUGACGCUGCGCGGCGGCACCAACGGGCCCUUCAUCCCCAUCGGCGAGGAGAGCGGGCGGACGUUUGUGUACCGCAUGGUUGGCGUGGCGGUCGAGGAGUUCAAUCGCCGGUUUAGGGGCAUGGAGUGA